CAAACAGACCGAGGAUCGCUCAGAGGGAGGCAGUGGUGGAAGCAGGCUGGCUUGCCAUUUCAAACAGGAAUAACAACACGACCAUCUCGACGCCUUCGUAAGGAUUGGUGUAGCCCAACGCUUACAGUGAGCACAUUCGCAGAAAUGCUCUGGAGCCAUAAGCAGAACGCGCACCAGGAGUGGAUUUCUGUUUGAAACUACACCUUCAAUCAGUGAAAAAAAACAUCUAAAGAACAGCUAAGCCUACAGCAGCACAUACCAGUCAUUCAACAGUACCCUCCCAAAAUGGCCUGGAUGCUUGGGCAUACCUGGUUCCUUCUACUGAUGCUGCAAGUAAUAUACUUCUCUCCGGUUGCUGUAACAUCGGAGGAGGAGACCAGAGAAUGCAGGGAACAGGAGUACAAGGACCAACUAGGGAACUGUAAACAGUGCUUGCAGUGCGACGCCGGGCAGGAGCUUUCAAAGGAAUGUGGCUUUGGUUACGGAGAGGAUGCUCGGUGUGUGCCCUGCAGAAGCAGCCGCUUCAAAGAAGACCGGAGCCUGCAGAAGUGCAAGCCAUGCCUGGAUUGUGGCUCAAUCAACCGCUUCCAGAAGGGCAACUGUUCAACCACAAGCAAUGCAGUGUGUGGAGACUGUUUGUCUGGGUUUUACAGGAAGACUAAGCUGAGUGGAUUCCAAGAUAUGGAGUGUAUUCCUUGUGGGGACCCUCCACCUCCAUAUGAGACACACUGCAGCGGGCGGGUGAACCUGGUUCCCAUCCCAUCUGUUGUGACCAGCCCUCGGGACAUGGCCCUAGCAGCAGUUAUCUGCAGCGCUCUGGCCACUGUGCUGCUGGCCCUGCUCAUCCUCUGUGUCAUUUAUUGCAAGAGACAACUUCUGGAGAAGAAACCCAGUGCAUCUUCAAGGUCCCAGGAGGGUCCAUAUAGUGGGGCUGAGUUGUCAUGCUUGGACCGACGGAGACUACAAGAUUUCCCGCAGCAUCCAUGCUGCCAGUGUCAAGGGUCACGCCACACUUGUGGCCCAGUGCACUUGUUGCCCUCUCUGUGCUGUGAUGAACGAUGCAGUCUGGGUCGGAGCAGAGACACAAGCCCCUUUCAGUCCCAGAAUAGCCUUAAGGAGGGUGUCAGUCCUUGUGAGAACCUCCUGGGCAAUCUGAGAACUCAACCAGAGCCCUGCGUCUCCAGAGAGGCCAGGGAAACAUGGCAGCUCAUGCAGAGCCCUGUCUGUGCCAAGAGUUUUGGAACGACAAGUGAGGAAAAGGGGUGCAGGUCGAGUGAGGAGAAACAGCAAACAUCGAUCAAGCAGGCUGUAGAGAACCAGGAAAAGGCUAGUGCCCUAACAGAGGUCCUUCUCCCAAAGCAGCAGUCAUCUUUACUGGAAGGAUGACAUGGAUUUAUUUGGCCCGUGUUCCACCCCUGAACUCGCCCUGGACCUGAAUACAACCCUGCAAGAUCCCAUUUCAGAUUACGCCAGCCCACACACCAAUUCCAAGUGUGGCACACACUCUUUCAACUGGUUUAGGACACACAGUCUUUCCAGAUCUGUGACGGAAGGCUAUGUAAAUAAAUACAAACAAAAGCACUUCAAGGCAAAAUCAUGCACAAGAGCAGAGACUAUACUAAAUCAUCUAUGCACAACAUGAUACUGUCGGUCCAAAGGCUGAUAUAUUGAAGUUAAAAUUAUGACAAAAUGACUGUUGAUUGAUAUUCAUGGUACAAAGUGGAUAGAAGCAGACACAUUCGUUUUUAAUAUCUGAGUAAGACUACUGCUACAUCUACUUACGUAGGUGACAAGCAGCAACAGUACCACAUUUCUGGCAGUGUGAAUAUGGAUGAGGUUUGUCAUAUAAUUGUCAACUGCUCCAUACAUAAGAGUGGCAUGCCAAAACCUACGUCUGUGACAUGUGGUGCUCAUUGAAGACACAAAUGUUGAAAAUGUUAGACAAUGAGGAAUGUUUUUGUGAUAUCAAAUGUUUUGUAUUGUAAAAUAGGUAGAUAUUUUUGUAACAUAGACUAGUGACACAUAUGCAAUCCAGUUUUCUGUUGUUAUAUUGGUGGUUGCCCAUAUACACUCCCAAAAUUCAUUUGAAUUUGAUAUCACUUUCCAUAUUUUACAAUAUAUAAACCAUUUCAACAAGAAA